AUGCCUGCUGUCCCCACCCAUUCCACCACAGAAGGCCCCAAUGAGUUUCGCGUCCUGGUCACCGGCUUCGGCCCAUUCGCACACUUUGACGAGAAUCCAUCAUGGCUCGCCGUAAAGCCCCUCCACAAGACCACCCUGGCCACCGAUCCAUCAUUAAACCCUAUAAUUGUCAACCAGCAGGUUGCUGUUUCUGGAUCUGCGCCCCGCAUGCCGCGUCCAAUCCACAUAUCUGCGCUGCAAAUACCCGUCACCUACGAAGCAGUCCUCAAUACGGUGCCGGGAUUACAUUCUAGACCACCCAUUUUACCUGAGGGAGUAGAUCCUGACUUCCCUGCUCCACCAGAAGAAGGCUACGAUCUCAUGUUCCAUAUCGGCGUCGCGGGGCGCGGCCCUUUGCGUAUGGAGCGAAUCGGCCAUAAAUUAGGGUACCAAAUGAAAGAUGUUAGUGGGAAGCUCGCAUCUGUUGUUCGAUCCAAUCCAAAAGACUUCAGUCGACACACCGAUGAGCCUGCAUCAGCCGCAGAGAACAUGGAAAGGGAGAGAUUGGGCAUGGAGAUCAUAUCAUCCGGGGAGAAUAUCGCACGUCAGACACGAGGUUUCGGGGCUGCCUAUGAGACGUUCCCGGAUGAAAUCACUACGGAGGUUGAUGUUACCCGUUUAGUCCAAGAUUUGAAGCGAUCUGGGAUCGAGCAAAUAUACACGUCCAUGGAUGCAGGACACUAUCUCUGCGAUUUCAUUUACUACUGCUCUCUCGCUGAGGCUAAGCGUACGGCGAAACCUUACGAGAAGCGGCGUAACACCCAAGUGCUAUUCUUGCACUGUCCCCCAGUGAACCAACCUCUAACGACAGAGGAGGUCACUGAGGCCAUCAAACGCAUCAUUGUAUGGAUCUGUCAAGAGAUUGAAGCCAUCGACGCCACCGAAAAUCCGUUACAAGUCGGGGCGUCCGCUGCAACCGCCUGA